UAUACCUUUACAUAAUUUUUAGUUUUACAGUCUUUUAGGGUUUUAUACCUGUUAUCAUUUCAAACAUCUCUUCUAAAAAAACCUUUGAGAGACAUUCAUGGGUGUCAGCAAUAUAUCCACCGCUGCUUCACUUUGUUUGGUCAAAUCCAAAGCCAACUUUCAUCAAACCGUGAAUUCUCAAAGACCCAUAUGCUCUUUUGAAGGAAAUCCUAGAAGGGUCAUCAUGGCUACUAUCUCUUCAUCUCCUUCCACUGUACCCGUCGAGCAUGUCAAUCAGAAGUUGAGUGGUGACUCUUUUAUUCGACCUCAUCUGAGAAAAUUGUCUCCUUAUCAACCCAUUUUGCCUUUCGAGGUUUUGUCAGCAAAACUUGGAAGAAAGCCUGAGGAUAUCAUCAAAUUAGAUGCAAAUGAAAAUCCUUACGGUCCACCUCCAGAGGUUCUUGAAGCGUUGGGGUCAUUGAAGUUCCCAUAUAUCUAUCCUGACCCUGAAUCUCGUCAAUUGCGUUCUGCCCUUGCUGAAGAUUCGGGGCUUGAAUCUGAUUAUAUUCUUGUGGGUUGUGGCUGCGAUGAGCUUAUUGAUUUGAUCAUGCGAUGUGUGCUUGAUCCUGGCGACAAGAUUGUUGACUGCCCUCCAACCUUUACAAUGUAUGAAUUUGACGCUGGUGUUAAUGGGGCACAAGUUAUCAAAGUUCCGAGGAAGUCGGACUUCAGCUUGAAUGUGGAACUCAUUUCUGAGGCUGUUGAGCGAGAAAAACCAAAAUGCAUAUUUCUAACUUCUCCUAAUAAUCCAGAUGGGAGUAUAAUUAGUGAUGAAGUUCUCUUGAAGAUCCUUGACAUGCCUAUAUUGGUGGUGCUGGAUGAAGCUUACAUUGAGUUUUCAGGAAUUGAAUCUAGAAUGCAAUGGGUGAAGAAGCAUGAUAAUCUAAUUGUUCUUCGAACAUUUAGCAAAAGAGCUGGUUUAGCUGGGCUUCGAGUUGGAUAUGGCUCAUUCCCUUUGAGCAUAAUUGAGUAUUUGUGGAGAGCAAAGCAACCAUACAAUGUUUCUGUUGCUGCUGAAGUUGCUGCAUGUGCCGCCUUGCAGAACCCAAAAUAUCUAGAGACAGUGAAAGAGGCUUUGGUACAAGAACGCGAUAGGCUUUUUAAACUUCUUAAGGAAGUACCAUUUCUGAAUCCAUAUCCAAGCUAUUCUAAUUUCAUUUUAUGUGAGGUGACAUCUGCAAUGGAUGCUAAGAAAUUAAAGGAUGACCUUUCAAAAAUGGGGGUAAUUGUCCGUCACUAUAACAAGAAAGAGUUGAAGGGGUAUAUCCGUGUGACUGCUGGGAAGCCUGAACACACAGAUGCCUUGAUGGAGUGCUUGAGGCAUCUAUCGUGAUUCCUUUCGCAAAACUGUGUUGACAUUAAACAGGAGAUUUAUUCAAUUUCCCUCAAGACCAGACAAAAAGUUUAUAUUUGAGUUGUUUGUAUUGUCGUAUGACGGAAUUGUUUUUGAUGUAUUAUGUCAACCUGCCUUUUGAUUUAAGAUUGUUAAAUCGAUAAAUUUGUGCUGCACUGGUGGUAAAAACUGAGCCAAACGGGCCCUUAGUAUAAUGACUUCCAAUAUUUUGGGAAAGUA